UAAACCUAAACCUUGAUAAGUCGUCCAAAAUUUCUGAAAAAGAUGCAUUUGCUAAAGCCAUUGGGUUUAAGAUUUGUAAAAUUAAAAGGCUUUUAAUUUUAUUACAACUCCGUCGUACCCAAAGAAAAUGCACGUCAAAAAUAAAAAUGUUAGCGGCUUGCGUAAACGAAGGAAAAAUUAACAAAGAUGAGCUAGACUCUACAUGCGCAGCUCGCGAGGUUCUGGAAGAAACCGGAUAUGAUAUAACCCCACUAAUUAGGGAACAAGACUACGUAGAACUAACUAUUCGCGAACAACGAAUAAGACUAUACAUAGUUGUUGGUGUUCCUGAAGAUACCGAAUUUUGUCCAAAAACGCGAAAAGAGAUUAGUAAAGUAGAAUGGCAUAAAGUAUCUGACUUACCAACAUGGAUCAGGAGUAGAGACAAAGAUACUCCUUAUCAUUGUGGAGGUGGUUGUGUAAAAUAUGGGAGCAGUAGAUUUUACAUGGUCGUUCCCUUUGUUAG